GUUUAAGGUUGCCAGGUCUUUAUUUAUUUUGGUGGCAGGUAAACCGAGGCCACAGCAAUGACACCGAAUCGACAUGCUUUAAAGUGCAGUGUGAAUUAAAUGGCUCGACAAUGAGGAUGUAGUGAUGUAGGAAGUGAUUAAGCUAUAAAACAAGGAGACAAGCCAAAAAUGCUCAGACUUGUCAGUACAGAGGUUCAACUCGUGGAUGUCUUCAGUUAUACAAACGAUGAUGCUUCAAAUGUUAAUACGAAACUGGCAGGUGUUGUCGAACCUCUGAUAAAGAUUAACUACGGUUUCAAUGCCCACUUUUCAGCUAACAUCUCUCUGUAGAUUGAUCUUAGCAGCUCAUCAGUCUGCAUCAAUAGUAUCUACAGCUAAAUGUGGACGUAUGGGUCAGCUUGCCAGCUCACAGUGUCAACUUUCACUUCCACAGGCUGCAUGCUCUAUUUUGAGCACGGGGGUGGGGGGUGCAGUUGAAGUGUAGUUGACUGGUUACAUUUGAGGACAUGCUUAGCCCAUUUUCCGUCAAUGAAUUUGCUUUUCUCCGAGUUGAUAAGCUGUUGUGGAAGUCAGCAAAGCCCUGAGCGUGAGAAAUGGCUCCAAAGAAGGGAAAGGGAGACGAUGCACUAAAGCCAGCACCGCUGAUUGGAAGGUUUGGCACCUCAUUGAAAAUAGGAAUCGUCGGCCUGCCCAAUGUUGGGAAGUCAACCUUUUUCAACGUGUUGACAAAGAGUCAGGCUGCAGCUGAAAAUUUCCCCUUCUGCACCAUUGACCCAAAUGAAAGCAGAGUGCCCAUUCCAGAUGAACGCUAUGAUUUCCUCUGCCAGUUUCACAAACCUGCCAGCAAAAUCCCAGCGUUCCUUAAUGUUGUCGACAUUGCUGGCCUAGUGAAAGGUGCUCAUGCUGGCCAAGGCCUGGGAAACGCUUUCCUGUCACAUAUCAGCGCCUGUGAUGGCAUCUUCCACCUGACACGUGCUUUUGAGGAUGAGGAUAUCAUCCAUGUUGAGGGGACAGUGGACCCAGUGAGAGAUAUGGAAAUCAUCCAUGAGGAGCUGAGGCUGAAAGAUGAGGAGAUGAUCGGCCCUAUUAUUGACAAGCUGGAGAAGACGGCCAUUAGAGGCGGUGACAAGAAACUCAAACCUGAAUAUGACGUUAUGUGCAAAAUCAAGAGCUGGGUAGUCGAUGAAAAGAAACAUGUCCGCUACUAUCAUGACUGGAACGACAAGGAGAUCGAAGUGUUGAACAAAUACUUGUUUUUUACAUCCAAACCAAUGAUUUACCUCAUUAACCUCGCUGAGAAAGACUACAUCAGGAAAAAGAACAAAUGGUUAGCAAAAAUCAAAGAGUGGGUGGACAGUCACGACCCCGGAGCCUUGGUUAUCCCCUUCAGCGGCGGCCUGGAGAACCAGCUUCAGGACAAGAGUGAAGAAGAGAGGCAGAAGUACUGCACAGAGCACAAGACACAGAGCGCCCUGAGCAAGAUCAUCAAAGCAGGCUACGCAGCCCUGCAGCUGGAGUACUUCUUCACGGCUGGACCAGAUGAGGUCCGUGCUUGGACCAUUCGGAAAGGAACUAAGGCUCCACAGGCUGCAGGGAAGAUCCACACAGACUUUGAGAAGGGCUUCAUUAUGGCCGAAGUAAUGAAAUUCCAGGAUUUUAAAGAGGAAGGCAGUGAGAGCGCUGUCAAGGCAGCUGGGAAAUACAGACAACAGGGAAGAAACUACGUUGUUGAGGAUGGCGACAUCAUCUUUUUCAAAUUUAAUGCACCAAAUGCACCAAAGAAAAAGUGACACAGAGUAGUCUAUUUGUGUACAUAACUGACUGUAUUGUUACCUCUUUUGGCUAAUAAACACUGCCACGUUCUCACUUUUUUGUUUCUCCUGUAGGAUCAACCUCCCCCCUCCUCACGUGCUAAAAACACAGGUUCAGUAAACUCUGACAGCUUUGCUAUUUAAGAUCAGGAUCGGCCCCCACUCCAAAUUGUAGCAGCAUUUGAAGGAGCAUAUUACUCUCCAGAUACUUCAUUAAUCUCCAUCAUGGGUGCCAGCACUGACACAGCUGACAGCGGGGACAAUGCCACCUGCUCCUCUCCCCCUUCUGCAGAUAAUGCAUGUUUUACAGUAGCCCAGAUGUCUACACUCAAUAAAACAUUUGACAAAACCAGUCUGUGUGUGUUUUGGGAUGUCUGUAUUGAGUGGGAAGCUGCAUGGGGAUGGUGAUAGCGGUCCUGCCGACCACUGAUUAGAGAAUUAAAAGACACAGCUGACAUUGACUGUAGCAGAGAGGGGACAAUUAUAAUUAAAUCUGUUAAGUGAUGCUGAUUUUAGAAGGGCACAUGCAGGAUGCA